ACGACUGAAGCCAGUCGCACUGCGUCAAGAUGAAGGCGCCGGUCGUCAUUCACUUCCUGUGCUUUGCCUUGGCCGCAACAAUAUGUGCUGGGCAGUCUACGAACUUGGGUAUUCCAGACCUGCCUGGCAACUGGACAGGAAAUGGAACAGACAUCCCAGAACCACCUGGUAACUGGACAGGAAAUGGAACAGAUAUCCCUGAACCUCCAGGCAACUGGACAGGAAAUGGAACUGAUAUUCCAGAACCGCCAGGUAACUGGACAGGAAAUGGCACAGUCAUUCCAGAACCGCCAGGCAAUUGGACAGGAAAUGGAACUGAUAUUCCAGAACCACCUGGUAAUUGGACAGGAAAUGGAACAGAUAUCCCUGAACCACCUGGUAACUGGACAGGAAAUGGGACAGAUAUCCCAGAACCACCUGGUAACUGGACAGGCAAUGGUACAGACAUUCCAGAACCACCUGGUAACUGGACAGGAAAUGGAACAGAUAUCCCUGAACCACCUGGUAACUGGACAGGAAAUGGAACAGAUAUCCCUGAACCACCUGGUAACUGGACAGGAAAUGGAACAGACAUUCCAGAACCGCCUGGUAACUGGACAGGAAAUGGAACAGAUAUCCCUGAACCUCCAGGCAACUGGACAGGAAAUGGAACUGAUAUUCCAGAACCGCCAGGUAACUGGACAGGAAAUGGCACAGACAUUCCAGAACCGUCAGGCAAUUGGACAGGAAAUGGAACUGAUAUUCCAGAACCACCUGGUAAUUGGACAGGAAAUGGAACAGAUAUCCCUGAACCACCUGGUAACUGGACAGGAAAUGGGACAGAUAUCCCAGAACCCCCAGGUAAUUGGACAGGAAAUGGGACAGAUAUCCCUGAACCGCCAGGUAACUGGACAGGCAAUGGUACAGACAUUCCAGAACCACCUGGUAACUGGACAGGGAAUGGAACAGAUAUCCCUGAACCUCCAGGCAACUGGACAGGAAAUGGAACUGAUAUUCCAGAACCGCCAGGUAACUGGACAGGAAAUGGCACAGACAUUCCAGAACCGCCAGGCAAUUGGACAGGAAAUGGAACUGAUAUUCCAGAACCACCAGGUAAUUGGACAGGAAAUGGAACAGAUAUCCCUGAACCACCUGGUAACUGGACAGGAAAUGGGACAGAUAUCCCAGAACCACCUGGUAACUGGACAGGGAAUGGAACAGAUAUCCCUGAACCACCAGGCAACUGGACAGGAAAUGGAACUGAUAUUCCAGAACCGCCAGGUAACUGGACAGGAAAUGGCACAGACAUUCCAGAACCGCCAGGCAAUUGGACAGGAAAUGGAACUGAUAUUCCAGAACCACCAGGUAAUUGGACAGGAAAUGGAACAGAUAUCCCUGAAACACCUGGUAACUGGACAGGAAAUGGGACAGAUAUCCCAGAACCACCUGGUAACUGGACAGGGAAUGGAACAGAUAUCCCUGAACCACCAGGUAACUGGACAGGCAAUGGUACAGACAUUCCAGAACCACCUGGUAACUGGAAAGGGAAUGGAACAGAUAUCCCUGAACCACCUGGUAACUGGACAGGCAAUGGUACAGACAUUCCAGAACCACCCGGUAACUGGACUGGAAAUGGAACAGAUAUCCCAGAACCACCAGGUAAUUGGACUGGAAAUGGAACAGGUUUGCCACUACAAUCUGGCAACGUGGCUAGUAGCACAUCUGGUAUGCCUUUUGGGCCAUCUAACUCUGUGGGAAGUGAAACGAAUAAUCCUGGUUCUCCUGAGUCACAGCAAGGGUUCCCUCCCAGUCUUAAUAUGCCAUGGAAUAAUCUUUUGCCUCACAGAAUAGAAAAUCUUCCUGCCUUCAAUCCUGGACUGAACCCAAUUUUUAAUUUUCUUCGUACUAUACAACACCUGAAUAACAGACGUCCCUUCUUUGUAAUAUAGAAUGCAAUGAUUUUAUUGCUAUUAGUCCGUGUAUCUUCUCUGUAGUGCAUAGGAAUAAAUACUGGAUUCAGUGUUCAAA